GGUUGAGUAGUAGUAGUAGUAAUACAUACAUACAUAGUUUUAAACUCCUCCUUUCCUAAUCCUAUACCUUUCCAAAUACAUAAACCCAUGUCCCAAAAUUUCCCAAAAGUUUCAACCUCGCAAUUAAAAUAACAUUUCUGUUUAGUGCAAUCUUUUUCCUUAUCUUCUCUUCUUCUUCUCCCAUCUCUACAACAUCAUAAUACUUUCUUGUAUACCCAAUAACCAAACCCCAUCGCUAAUUCUCAAGGUUACAAAUAUAUUUUUGUUUUAAAAAACUUAAAUGUUUUGAGUCGUCCGUCAUGGAUGUGAUAGCUACUACAACAACUAUUGUAUCCGACUUGGAUUCAAGACAACCCGAAAUCGAAGCUCCGACCCGGAUCCAUCCAGCGAAGCCUAUUUCUUUCUCCAACGGCAAACGCUGCCACCACAAUCAUCUUGCGUCUGAAGCGGCUGCGGUUGUUACUUACAAAGAAUGUCUAAAGAACCACGCCGCGGGAAUCGGCGGCCACGCUUUAGACGGAUGCGGCGAGUUUAUGCCGUCCCCGGCUUUUAACUCUAACGACCCGACUACACUAACGUGCGCCGCUUGUGGUUGCCACCGUAACUUCCACCGCCGAGAAGACGAUCCGUCUCUCGCUUCUGCCAUCGUCCCGGCGAUCGAGUUUCGUCCUCAAAACCGUCACCAGCUUCCUCCUCCUCAUCCGGUGGGGAUUCGUAGUCCUGACGACGAUGACUCAGCUUCUCCGCCGCCGAUCUCGUCCUCUUACAUGCUUCUUGCACUCUCCGGGGGAGGAGGAGGAGGAGGUAACACGGCGGGUCCAAUGUCUAGGAAACGUUUUAGAACAAAGUUUAGUCAGUAUCAGAAGGAGAAGAUGUUCGAGUUCGCGGAGAGAGUUGGGUGGAGGAUGCCUAAAGCUGACGACGUGGCUGUUAAGGACUUUUGUCGGGAGAUUGGAGUUGAUAAAAGCGUUUUCAAAGUGUGGAUGCAUAACAACAAGAUUUCAGGACGAGGCGGAGCUAAAAGAGCUAACGGCGGAGGUGGUGGAGGAGAUAGUCGUGAGAGUGUUGUUCCGACGAACGGGUCGUUUUCUUCGACGUGAGGAAGAGAAUAGAAAACGUUGGAGAAAAGCGUCGUCGUUUUAGUUGCUAAUUCUUUCUUUUUUGGUUUCAUGAUUUUUUUUUUAAUAUAUAUUUUAAGUCAACGGGUCAAUUCUGUUUUCUUCUAUUCCGCUUUGAUAACGUGUUAUGUUUUGUAACUUUUUAUUAUCAUUAGUAGUUCCAUCUUUUGUUAGAGAAGUGUGAUUUGAGGUGUAGCUUCC